GAUGAAAUCUGGUUGCAUGGCAACAUUGAGGUCUGCUCUCACCAGACCUUGCAGGACUGGUGGUGGCGGUGCAUUCAGCGCUGGAACCUCGUCACGAUCACACAUACCCGACAAUGGUGAGCGUGAAAGUGGUGUUGCUGGUGGCGGCGGCGGUGGUGGCGACAGAGGCCAUGCCACAGGGCUUCUUCAGUCAGGUUGGGGACUUGGCAUCCUCAUUUGCCUCCAGUGUUCGAUCCACCGCGAACACAGUGGCUGACCAAGUGAGGGAAACUGCCUCCAGCGUUGGGGACUCUGUGUCUGAAGGGGCUACACAGUUCGGCUCAUCUGUGAGAGAUACUUUCAGCGAAGCAGGGGACACAAUAUCCAAAGGUGCCGCACAGCUCGGCUCGUCUGUGAGAGAUACGUUCAGCGAAGUAUCGGAGGAUGCACAAAAAGCAGAGGACACUGUGUCUGAGGGCGCCCAACAGCUCGGCUCAUCUGUGAAGGAGACCUUGAGUGAAGCCCUGGAGGGUGCCCAGAAAGCGGGAGAGUCCGUGGCUGAGGGAGCAACACAACUCGCCUCAUCUGUGAAAGAUACUGCCAGUGAGGCAGUUGAAGGAGCAAAGGAAUCUGUAUCUGAGGGCGCCACACAGCUUGUUUCGUCUGCGAAAGACAAAGCUAGUGAGGUUGCGGAAAGUGUACAGGAAGCGGGACACUCUGUGUCGGAGGGUGCAUCCCAGCUUGCCUCAUCUGUGAAAGACAAAGCUACCGAAGCGGUAGAAGGCGCACAGGAAGUAGGACACUCUAUAUCUGAGGGCGCAUCCCAGCUUGCUUCAUCUGCGAAAGACAAAGCUACUGAAGCGGUGGAAGGCGCACAGGAAGUAGGGCACUCCGUGGCUGAGGGCGCAACACAGCUCGCCUCAUCUGUGAAAGAUACUGCCAGUGAGGCAGUUGAAGGAGCACGGGAAUCCGUAUCUGAAGGCGCCACACAGCUUGCCUCAUCUGCAAAAGACAAAGCUAGUGAAGUAGCGGAAAGUGUCCGGGAAGCGGGACAAUCUGUGUCGGAGGGCGCAUCCCAGCUUGCCUCAUCUGUGAAAGACAAAGCUACCGAAGCGGUGGAAGGCGCACAGGAAGUAGGACACUCUAUAUCUGAGGGCGCCACACAGCUUGCUUCAUCUGCCAAAGACAAAGCUACUGAAGCGGUGGAAGGCGCACAGGAAGUUGGACACACUAUAUCUGAGGGCGCCACACAGCUUGCCUCAUCUGUGAAAGACAAAGCUAGCGAAGUGGUGGAAGAUGCACAGGAAGCGGGGCACUCCGUAUCUGAGGGCGCCACACAGCUUGCUUCAUCUGUGAAAGACAAAGCUAGCGAAGUAGGGCAUUCCGUGUCCGAGGGCGCCUCGCAGCUCGGCUCAUCUGUGCAGGACACGGUCGGUGAGGUGGUGCAGAGCGGACGGAAAAUAAGGAGCAACAACAUAGAGUUUGAGGACUCACUCACCCCCAGGGACCUCCUGUCUAACUUACCCUUCAGCAGCGUCUUCGAAAUGGCACAGGAAACCUUGAAGGAGGCCGGGCAAUUUGCUGAAAAAAUUAACAGAAGUGGAGGGGACAUCAAGGAUUUAGAUGCUGAUUUGAAUUAAUCUGACUACUUAGUGAAUCGAACUCCGCCAAGUUAUUGAUGCCGUCACAAAAUCUUGUUUGAAAAGUAAAUGAUACAUACACAGGAUAUUGUUUUCUGUGGUUUGUGAUACAUAGUAUUUGUUUCACGCGAGAGCUAGCGAAAAUCCUUUCAUUGGUGAUGCCAUUUACAGGUUCAUGUGCUGAGAAUGCCAGAAUUGCUGAAAACUUAUCUCAGCCAGACUGUUUUUAACUAAUUUAAAUAUAGUUCUACCGUCGAUAUUUUGUGUGGUUGUGCCACAAGAGCCCACAUGUCAAAAAUUAUUUGUUACUACUACUACUACUAUUUUAUAAACCCUGAAUUAUCCGAAUUAUAUUCGGGCAAAAAUUGUAAGUGAAAAUAUUAUAGAAUGUUCAGAAGUGUUUUUCCUAUUUUGAACAUAUGCCAUUUUUGGAGGUUUUUAUAAUUUGGUUUAAAUUAUCACAUGCGCCUGUGUGGCAUAUAUAGUCACAUGCAACUUCAAUUACAUAGUUUUUGUGGUGAAAUAUUUGUUAAUUUAUUGUUGUGAAGUGAUUUGAUCAUUUAAUCUUUUAUAGUUCAUGAUACAGAAGCGAUAUAUCAUUUUAUCAAACAGCUUGAGUGUAAAACAUUAAUAUUGUAUACCUAUAAAAGUCUAAACAUUGUGAUAUUAUAUUUUGUGAGGGCUAAUAAUACUAUCUAAUAAAGAGCUAAUAUUACUUACAUUAGGCUGGGUUGAUUUUAAAAUUUUACAUAUAAUUAAGGGGGGGGGAGAGGGUGUGCAUGAUAAGGAAAUCAAAUUAUAAAAUUAUCAAAUGUAAGUUGCUUAGCUUAGAGACUGUACCCGUGGUCGUUUUCGAGCCCAUUGUCAAUAUAUACAUUCUGUGUAACUAUCAAGACUGUAACUUGCUUAGCUAAAUGAAUGUUGGGAUUCUGUU